AUCUAAUGCAGGCACCUAGCACCAAAACCUGCAGGUCUCAUAAUUUCUAAUUCCUUCUCCUCUUCUACAGGGAAUCUCUUACCCCAUGAAAUAACUCCGGCUCAAUCUUCUCUAAGAACUCUUAAGAGUUAACAAAUAUGUCCCACGAAGCUCUAGAGAAGCGCUUUACAGAGCUACAGGACCGUCUUGCCGUCCUCCAGGAUGCUACGAAUCAGCUUAAGGAGCUAAUCGACCGAUUAGCUAACUUCGAUUUCCAGCCUGGUUCCGUACCACUCGGUGCUUCUGAGGAUGAUAAUGUGGGUGCUGAGCUUAGUACUGAAAUCAACCAAGUACUUCGAGAGCAAGAGGAGGAGCUUGAGUUACUACGAGAAGAGAUUGUAGAUGUGCGACCGGGUAAAAAUGGCAGUGGAUCACAACAUGAUAAAGAGAGGCUAAAGGAAGGGGCGAAUAGGUUGGAGUUGGAGUUGCAAAACUGUCGGAAGGCCUUUAGAAGAGCCCAAAUCACCGCGAAGCACAACCUCCAACAAGCCCAACGCCAAGAGCGCGAACUCCUAUACGCCUCGUUCUCGAACCCACGAUCGGGCGCUUCUUCUCCUUUACCUACCGAUCCCACCACCACCAAUUCCACCACCACCGCAGCGAAUCUCCUAACUCGCCGCAAACCGCGCCCCCAACAGACUAAAGAAGAACAACUCAUAAGCGCGAGCAGCGAUGUCACAGACUCACUACGGCGGACACAUGAUUUAAUGGCAUCUGAGCUAGCUAAAAGCGAUUUUGCGCAUAAUGCCUUACGCGAGAGUACAGCUGCGUUAUCACAACUUUCGGAUACGUAUGGGAGUCUGGAUGCUAUGCUAGCUAGUUCGCGCGCGUUGUUGACGACGCUGUUGAAGAGUCAGAAGACGGAUACUUGGUACCUGCAGUCGGCUUUUUAUCUCCUGCUGGGGACGGUGUGUUGGCUUGUUUUUAGGAGACUGCUUUGGGGUCCGACUUGGUGGUUGGUUUGGUUGCCGUUGAAACUUGUGUUUAGGACGGCUGUCGUGGUUACGGGGGUCGCGAAGAGGGGAUCGCAAGGGCUAGGGACUACGGAGGGGGCAGUUACGGCUACGAUGCCACAGGCGCAGAUGAAUAAUGAGGGGGUUCAUACAGCGCAGGUUAGUUUUGCGUCGCAAGUGCCGCAAGAAUCCAGUGAGUCUGUUAUGGGGGAGGUGGAGAGGAUUACGAAUGAAACUGGAGAGGAACAGUCUACGGGUGGCAACGACACACAAGGAGAGCAAGAGGGAGAGACCGUACUAAGGGAGCGCCGCGAGGAUGAGCCUCGUAAUCCGAAGAAACGGAUAAUGGAAGAAGAUCCCAACCCCCGACAAGAAGGGAGCAAUGAAAGAGUCAAGGAUGAGCUGUAAUAUUCAAGUAAAAAGGAAGACAAAAUAUAAUCAAAUAAUAGUGAGACUAACUCUUACUAUC